GAGAAGAAAAGCCAAAGCUGUGAGUCACAGAAGCAAACGCAAAGGAAAGAGAGGAGAGAGAGAGGAAGUUAGAGAGAGAGAGAGAGAAGAAGAGCCCUAUUUCUCUCUCCUCUUCUUCCCCAAUGCUUUCAAUUUCGUAGCAUAACAACAAUCAACGACCCCACAAUUUUCUCUUUUCUGAUUUCCUUCAACAAUGCCACCUUCCCCUUCCUUCCCAUCUGGGUCUCGUGGAAAAUGGCGGAAAAAGAAGAGGGAUUCGCAAAUUGGCCGCAGAAACAACUAUAAUAGCAACGGUACCAACAGACAUGAUGACGACGAUGAAGAUGAAGACCUUGUUGCUGCUGAAAAUGAGGAAAUGGAACGCGAUAACAACGAUGAUUCUGAGGACCCUCAGAUUAGUCUUCACCCCGCGCCAAAUUCCGCCAUUCAGGAGACUGAACUUCUGUCGGAUGAUAAAGUGCGAGUCUCUGAGUUUCCUCAGGUCGUUAAGCGGGCUGUCACUCGGCCUCACUCUUCUGUGAUGGCCGUUGUGGCAAUGGAGAGGACAAAUCAGUACGGAGAGAGUAAGGGCAUGCCUGGAAAUUCCUUGAUUUUGGAGAAUGUGUCUUAUGGGCAACUCCAGGCACUGUCUGCUAUGCCGGCGGAUAGUCCGGCUUUGCUGGAUCAGGAGAGGGCGGAGGCUGGGAAUGCUGCGUAUGUUGUAACUCCACCGCCGAUUAUGGAAGGGCGUGGCGUGGUUAAGACGUUUGGGAGUAGGGUGCAUGUUGUCCCUAUGCACUCAGAUUGGUUUUCACCCGCCACGGUGCAUCGACUUGAGAGACAAGUUGUUCCACAUUUUUUCUCUGGGAAAUUGCCUGACCGCACUCCUGAAAAGUAUAUGGAGAUUCGAAAUUUUGUUGUUGCCAAAUACAUGGAGAAUCCUGAGAAAAGGGUCACAGUUUCAGACUGCCAAGGGUUGGUUGAUGGUGUCAGUAAUGAUGAUUUAACUCGAAUUGUUCGAUUUCUUGAUCAUUGGGGUAUUAUUAAUUAUUGUGCUCCUACACCUAGCUGUGAAGCAUGGAAUAGCAGUUCAUACUUGAGAGAAGAUAUGAACGGUGAGAUUCAUGUGCCAUCAGCUGCUUUGAAGCCUAUUGAUAGCUUGGUCAAAUUUGACAAACCAAAGUGUAGGCUCAAGGCAGCUGAUGUAUAUUCGGCACUUCCAUGCCACGAUGACAUUGAUGGUUUGUCUGAUUUGGAUAACAGAAUUCGAGAGCGUCUAGCUGAAAAUCAUUGUAGCUCUUGUUCUCUGUCUGUUCCCAUUGCGUACUACCAAUCACAGAAGGAGGUUGAUGUUUUGCUUUGCUCUGAUUGCUUCCAUGAAGGCAAAUACGUUGCUGGCCAUUCAAGCAUUGAUUUUCUGAGGGUGGACAUGGCGAAAGAUUAUGAACUAGAUAGUGAAAAUUGGACCGAUCAAGAAACUCUAUUGCUUUUAGAGGCAAUAGAAUUGUAUAAUGAGAAUUGGAAUGAAAUUACUGAACACGUUGGGUCCAAGUCUAAAGCUCAAUGCAUUAUACAUUUUCUUCGUCUAUCAGUGGAGGAUGGCCUUCUAGAAAAUGUUGAUGUGCCUGGGGUUUCUCUCUCGUCAAAUUCGUCACAUGGAGAAGAUAAGGAGAAGUCACGUUCAAAUAUGAACGGGAACAUGGCAGGAUCCUCCUCUCAAGAUAAUAAAGAGAUACAUGAUAGGCUCCCCUUUGCCAAUUCUGGGAACCCAGUCAUGGCGUUGGUUGCUUUCCUCGCAUCUGCUAUUGGACCAAGAGUUGCUGCAUCUUGUGCUCAUGCAUCCUUAGCUGCAUUAUCUGAGGACAGUGUAGCUUCCUCCGGGAGCAUCUUUCAAAUGGAAGGUUCUGUAAAUGCUAAUAGGACGAAUGUGGACGUCAAACAAAUCAGAGAUGGUGGCUCCCAUGGAGAACUUCCAAAUUCAGAUAAAAAAGAUGAGAACAAGGCAGAGACAGAAGCAACAGUAUUAUCUUCUGAAAGAGUUAAAGAUGCAGCAAAAGCAGGCCUUGCUGCCGCUGCAACAAAGGCAAAAUUGUUUGCUGAUCAUGAAGAACGAGAAAUCCAACGAUUAUCUGCUAAUAUUAUAAAUCAUCAGUUAAAAAGACUGGAGCUGAAGCUGAAGCAGUUUGCAGAAGUAGAAACCUUCUUGAUGAAGGAAUGCGAACAAGUUGAGAGGACAAGGCAGAGGUUUGUCGCAGAGCGAGCAAGAAUGUUAGGUGUCCAAUUUGGACCUGCUGGAGUUACGCCACCUGUGAGUUUACCAGGCGUUAUCCCUUCGAUGGUAGUAAACAACAGUAACACAAACAGUAGGCCGAAUAUGAUCUCACCUCCAGCUUCACAGCCGAGCGUUUCGGGGUAUAGCAACAACCAACCACUUCACCCCCACAUGUCAUACAUGCCCCGACAACCAAUGUUUGGUUUGGGACAAAGGCUACCCUUAUCGGCAAUUCAGCAGCAGCCGCCGCCGCCCUCAACUUCUUCUAAUGCCAUGUUUAAUGGUCCAAGCAAUGCACAACCUUCUCUCAGUCACCCAAUGAUGAGGCCAGUUACUGGAUCCAGCUCUGGAUUAGGCUGAAUUUGGAAGAAAGUUUAUUGAAUUAAUUGAUUUCCUUUGAAGGUUGAUGAUUUGUGCAACCAUGAAAAGAAAGAGGGGCAGGUAAAAGAAAAAUGAUAAUGUUCCAUGAGAGAGUUGUUCAUCUGUCUAACCUUUCUUUUUUGGGAGCAAAGAGAAGGGAAAUUAACCUGAGGCAAUAGUAGGGAUUGUAAUUGCAUUCAAUUAGAUGUAAAAAAGGCAAAAAGGAGAAAGUUGUUUAAGUAAAAAAAACCAUUUAUGGAAGUGCUUACAUUCUUCUAUUUCUUGGUAUUUUA